CCCCGCCGCCAGGUGCGGUGCCGCCGCCGCCCGUGGGCCGAGGAAGCGCUGUCACGGCGUGUGCUGCGCAGGAAGGCUCCUGAGCACCGGCCUGGCCGGACCUUUCCGUCGGCGGGUGCCGAGCUGGGAUCACCGCCAUGAGCAAAAUCUCCAAGUUCUUCAAGGGGGGCGGCUCGGCCGGCUCCAAGGGCCGCAGGGGUCCCUCGCCGCAGGAGGCGCUGGCCCGGCUGCGGGAGACGGAGGAGAUGCUCAGCAAGAAGCAGGAGUACCUGGAGACGCGGAUCGAGCGGGAGCUGGCGCUAGCCCGGCAGCACGGCACCAAGAACAAGCGAGCUGCCUUACAAGCCCUGAAGAGAAAAAAGAGGUAUGAGAAACAGUUGAAUCAAAUUGAUGGGACACUUUCAACCAUUGAGUUCCAGAGAGAGGCAUUGGAAAAUUCCCACACCAACACAGAAGUGCUCAAGAAUAUGGGUUAUGCUGCACAAGCUAUGAAAAAAGUACAUGAAAAUAUGGAUUUGAACAAAAUCGAUGAUUUGAUGCAAGAUAUCACUGAACAGCAAGAUGUUGCCCAGGAAAUUUCAGAUGCUAUCUCAAACCGAGCCACCUUUGGUGAUGAGUUUGAUGAGGAUGAGUUGAUGGCAGAAUUAGAAGAACUGGAGCAAGAAGAACUGAACAAGGGAAUGAGAGAUGUCAGGUUGCCAAGUGUUCCGUCCACAUCGCUGCCUUCUCGCCCUGCAACAACCAGGAAAAGAGCAGAGGAUGAAGAUGAAAUGAAGAAACUGGCUGCCUGGGCUUCAUAAGAUCAUGGUCUUUCUAUAACACCAAACAUUACAGUGCAGAAUGUAAGGAGCUGUACUGCUGUUUUAUAACCAUACUGAUGGUGGUUGCAUUUCAUACAGGCUGGGGUUUUUUAUGGCACAUCUUGCCGAGACUCAUGUUACUGCUAUAUUACAAAAUUAGCUUAAAAACCAGAAUUAAAUAGUUGCCUAAACCUUCAGGCAUAAUUUUUUUUCAGCCUCGUCAAGAGAUUUGUUUUAUUAUUAGUAUCAGUUUUUAAUAGGCACUAUCUUACCAUAUCUCUUGGUUUGUAGAACCCACGUGCCUCACUUAUGCUCAAAGCUGGAUUCAUUUUUGAAAUGAGAAAGUUAAGUAAAUCAUCAGGGUUCUAUAACUAGAGGGUUUUUUUGGUUCAGACUAUUUAAAUAUUAGCAAAACAGCUUAAUACGCGUCCUCACUUGCAAGUUCUUUGAGCCCAAGAACUAAUAACUAUUCAUUUGGACAUGAAGAUUCAAACAGUCUGCCUGGAGCAACUUAGGGUGUCCUAGAUACUAAGAGGAAGUUCUUCUGUAGGCUUAUUGAAGUGGAAUGUGUUAUUUGUUUUAACUGGCCUAAAUGUCCCAUGCACUUCUAUAGGUCAACUUGAAUUUAUUUUGGACUAUUUCUGACUAGGUUACAGAAUUACAGUGAUCGAGGAAAGGAAAAUUAACAACACAUUUUUAGUUACACAAUUUCAAAAUAGCUUUAAUUUUUGAGCAUCUGGUUCUUUUCUCUUACUCAGUUUGUGAAUUGAAAUAUUACCAGUGUGUUGUAUUUGCAGGGCCUUUUUAAACCCUGGUUAAAAGCUGAUUCUGGCUUACUUGUAAAGUUGGUGUGUUACUGUCCAGCUGACCGUGUUUUAGCCUAAGGAAAAAAUGCCACUCUUGAGUGCUAAGCUACUACAUAUAUGGAGAGAUGGCUGUUCAAAUACAGCCCAAAAAUUAAAUAGGCUGCUUUGUAUUAACAAAGUAUUAAAUAAGUCUUAAACUGUAUGCUAGUAGCCUGCUGUCAAUCACAAGGAAAUCGUAGAACAGUGUGGAGUUCCUAGGGGUGUAGGAAGCAGAGUCCUUCAUCUAGGUUUCUUGUUUUCAAAUUAAUUUAAAUUUAGUGAUGACUGAACCACCUGGGGAAUAGUGGUGGACUUGGUUUCUGUAGAUCUUUAGCGACAGAAGACUGACCCCUUCUCCUGCACGCUUCAGUAACCUUCAGCUUAGUGGGUUUUAGGUUAAGUAUAAGCAAAUACAUGUUUCUAGACAUGGUCUGCUCAGAGCCUUUCAAGUUGAGCCCCAUGGAUGAAGCCCAAGAUGUAUAAACCCUUUGGAGAGAUUGAAUUUUUCAGGACUUUCAUUCUCUGUGGAGGAAUUGCUUUUGGAUUGUAUCUGUAUGAGAGCUGAAUCAAGCCUUGCCACUUCAGAUAAUUUUCUUACUGGAUAAAACAGGUUGUGUUUAUUCUGUCCUAAAAUUUGGAGGUACCAAGAAAAUUGUCCCAUUUUGUUGAGAGUAGAGGAAAUCUGGAAUUAUUUAAUUUUUGUUUUAAAUACAAAAUAAAACAGGAAAAAAAAAAAAA